AUGAGGAGCAAUCGGGGAAGAGGAGUCAGUCCGACCUUGUCUGGUGCACAGUCCCGCGCCUGGUUGUGCGUAAAAGCUGCUAAAAUAGUUGGCGGCGUUUGAAGCCCCUUCCGGUGCGUACAACUUUGGCCUUCAUUCAUGAUUUUAUUCGCAACACAUCCACGUCUGGGUGAUGUGCACAGGAAUAGAUCAGCACUACUCCAACCUCUUCCGCAUAUUGGAUUUCAAUGCAAAGAGAAGGUCGCCAACGUCCCUCUAAGGAUCGGGAAAUUAAGACUGCAGCUGACACGGACUCAGUCAUUUUCUACUUUUCAUACGUUUUUUCUGCGUAGUUUUGAUUAGGGGAUUUUCUUCAACUCACGAAGCGUUUGCUCCCUGUAUGGGAUUACUCGUUACAUUGCUUGUAUUUGACUACAGUCGAGUUUUGGGUAAGCCUGUGCUGUGCAUCGUACAGGGCACACAUUCGAUCAUAAUGUAUUUAAUUUAGGACGACCCUCUGUGUAUACAAAGUGCCAAAUUGAACCGGAAUGGCGAACGAGUGUAAUCGCAACAUUGUGGAAAAGUAUAUCUGCCAUAAACUCUCUAAACGGGGCUACGUGUUUGGAUUUGAUGAUGUCCGGGAUGAAGACGAUGCUAAUAAUGGGUCAAUAGUUGUCCCUCCACCGACUUUGGUCCGCCGGUGCCGUGAAGCCAGGACCGGGCCUGACAGCGAGAACAUCCCCCACCUCUGCAAACGGCUCCCCCAGUCCGACCCGACCGCCGCCAUCCACAGAGUCCUACGCGAGGCUGGAGACGAACUUGAAAGACUGUACCAGCCAGACUUCACGGAGAUGUCGCGGCAGCUGUAUCUCACGUCCACCACGGCGCAGAGGAGAUUCGCCGAGGUGAUCGAUGAACUGUUCCGGGACGGGGUGAACUGGGGCCGGAUUAUCGCUUUCUUCGAGUUCGGGGGCACGGUGUGCGUGGAGUGCGCCGCCAAGGAGGAGAUGACAUCGCAGGUGGACAACAUCGCGGAGUGGAUGACGGAGUAUUUAAAUGGACCGCUGAACAGCUGGAUACAAGAUAACGGGGGAUGGGAUGCCUUUGUGGAGCUGUAUGACAGACAGAGGGACUCCCUCUUCAGUUGCUCCUGGCCCUCUAUCAAGACGGUUUUCGGUCUGGCCGCACUCGGGGCAGCUAGCCUCACCAUCGGAGCGUACCUUACACAGAAGUGAACGCUCCUUCAACCAGCCUGACUUUAUUCCUCCUCCUUCUCCUCUUUCUCCUCGUGCCUCUUCUUUUUUUCCAUUUUAUAGACGCCCCUGACCCCUCAGAGACAACCUUCAGACUCUUCCGAAAUCUGGCUCUCUUCAAAGCCCUCUCUCAGAAAACUCCCUCUUCCUCGCCCCUCCACGUCAAAACAGACACAAAUCAAAACAACUGAAGCAACCAGAUGCACAGCCCAAACGGAGCAAAGGACGUCUUGAAAAGAGGCAGCUUAGAUGUAAUCACACUAAGCUGAGUACAUCUGAGGUGAAAGGAGGUGGCAUCAGUGGCAUGCAUCUUCUUCUUUUUUUGUUCUGCCUGCUUCUGUACUAGUUAUAGCAUGAAUGUUGAGUGUUAGUGUAGACGUUGCAUGUGUCGGAGCUCAUGCGGGACCUCCAUUUGGAGGCCUUGACGAUGGGGGUGCAGGGACAAUGAUGCCCCACACCAGAGAGGAAACGGCCGAAGCCCCGCCCCUGCUUGUUAGGGUGAAGAACCCCGUUUGAACUGUGGACUCCAGUUACCCCCCCACCCCCCCACCCAACCCUGCAGCCGUCCUUCAAAGGACUUCCUCCACAGAACAGCUGCUCAGAAUGUAUAAUGGAAACAGCUUGCUACAACCAGCGCAGCUUGUGUCUACUGCUUUCACUCCUCAGACAGUGAACUCUGAGCACACUGGGCCAUUAUACUCUCCCUGGCCUUUAAUAUACAUGUAGAGUAAGGGCCAGUGGAGGACUGAGCACUGCAGAUCUGAGUUUGGAAGCGCCUUGAAUUUUUAUGUUGGUUUUAAUUUUUGCAGCACGCCAAACCCCCAAAUUGUGUGGGUUUACCACAGAAAAAGGGGGAGAACGGAGAAAUUUUUCAAGAAUGAAAAACACGCCGAAGAAGCCUGUUGUUGCAUAAAAAUCACAAGUUGGUGAAAAUACCAAGAAAAAUGUUGAGCACUGCACGAAAGAAGUAAAAACAAAUCAUCAUAAAGGUGUACUAUGCAGGAUCUUCCUACAACAAUGUAGACUUAUACAAAAGUAAUCCCUUAAAAUCAUCACUUACCACCAACUAGAAGUGUGUGUCUGUAUAAGCACAGACCCUGCCUUCUGCCUGUAUUUUAUAUUUUCUUUUUAUAUUGCUGUGUACAGGAUGCUUCUGUGCAUCACGCCUUUGCACAAAGCUACACAAAAGAAGGCACAGUGCAGAAAAAAAUGCAAAUAUAACGAGGCAAAAUGGCAAGCAGACAAAGCUUGUUCCAAAACGAGUGAAUCUGGAGUUUGCUUUCACUUUUGUUGAGCUGUGGAGGAGGGGCCACUUUUGAAUCUUGUGUUUACAAACAAGUAGUUACAAUUCCUGCAUAGUAUGCCUUUAAGAAGGGAGUAUCCCCCUGCAACACAAAUGGACAAUAUGUGCAUUCCUUAAGCAAAGUGAUGUGAACAAGACCGCUCCUCCCUUUAAAAGUACCAUCACUGUUCACAGAUUAGCACCGAGAAACUCAGUUAUUUUUUAAAUUUUCUACCACUUUUUCCACCAGCUUUCUUACUCUUAACUCAGUUUUUUGUGGUCACAUUGUGUGGGCUCCCUCAGGGUUCAGAGCUGACCCCGUCAACACGUGUCCUCCAGCUGCUGAGGGACCCGCAGCGACUCUGUACUGCUAGAAUCCACUCUGACAAAGACGCUUGUUGACGUGGACUGAGAAAACCUCGCUCGGCCACAGAUGACUGAGUGGAAUAACACGGCAGCAGGGUUUUAGUUUAGGACUUAAGCCAGUGUGUCCCGUGUGCUGGAACCUGAGAUGUCCCUUCUCUCCGGUCUGCAAAUGCAUUCAGUCAUUGAUUUGUUUUAUUGAUGUUUGUCUUGUGUUACAGUCUGAUAGAAAAUUUGGAAAAGCUCACAGCCUCCCAAAUAUUUUGUUGUACACAGUACUUAGCAAGUUAUGAAAAGGUGAUUUUUUUCCCUCUGUCAUUGAAAAUCUUCAACUUCUUUGUUGCAUGGAUGAAAGAUAUGUCUUCACUCAAUAAAUAUGUGUCACCAUAUUUAUAACAGAAUAGGGUAGAAGAUAAAUAACAGCAAAGGAGUUGCAUUUUUCUAUUUAUUGAGAGGUACAAGAUCACAGAUUUUUUUAACAGUACUUUGAUGAAAAAUUAAUUGUUUUCACUUAUUUUCUACUCUAUGGAAUCACACUGUAACUACAUUAUUUCCUGGCUGCUAUUAUAACAAGAAAGAUGUUUUUUUUAAAAGUGAAUUUCUGUGUUGUAUUAAUAUUGGCUUAAGGCUGCUAUACUGUCGAUUUAACUUUUACUUACAGCUUAAACUGCCACAGAUUUACAGUAUAGUUCUAGAGAGCUGGAAACCAAAGUUAACUUGUAUUAAUCUUUAAUUUAAAAACAAAAAAAGUAGCUUAAGGAGAAUACACGUCGCUUCAUUUCACUGAGUCUGUUCAGUGAGGUUUUAUGAUCUCUCUGUGGAGGGUUUGUCUAGUGUUACUGUACUAUAUCAGCUUAACUUUUGUCAGCUUUGUGAUCCAAUGAUAACUCAGUGCUUAUCUGUAAAAUGUUGACCUGCCAGACUUAAAGGGACAGUUCAACCCAAUAAUCAAAUACAUAUCCUUUUCUCUUACCUGUACGGCAGAUAUUUCUAUGCUCGAUGUCUCCAACACUCAGCAACUCACACCAAAACAAAAUCGACUGAUAAAUAACACUGCAGGGAAGAUGAGAAAUAUGUAUUUUUUAUUUUGGGGUGAACCAUCCCUUUAAACCGUGUCUCGGUUGUCACUAUAAACCACCCCAUUCUCAUUACAGCAGCUCACAGUGUGUGUAAUUCCCAGUGAUGUGUGUGUAAGAGAGAAACAAAAGGUGAUUUAUGAACAGGAGUAGGAACAGUUCAACAGCAAUAUACUGUAAUUUUUAUAUUCUCUGUGCAUAUAUGAAUGUAGGCGCCAUGGUUGCUGUACUGUUUGAUGUCUAUAAUCACAAACCUGUAGCACUUAAAAAAAAGUGAAUUGUGUUUCUGUUGUUUACUGCUAUAUCCACAAUAAGCUAGCGGGAUCAUAUUGUUCCUAAUAAACCAGAUUUCUCAAG